AUGGCCGUCGCGUACGAGUACCUGUCGUGCGCGGUGAACCGCACAUCGCACGUCGCGGAAUGGGUGCGUCUACGUAGUGAGGAUGCGGAAGAGGACACGUACGUCUUUGGCGUGCACAAAGGAUUCGUGUCGGCCGCCGUGCCGGGCACCCGCCCGGCGUCGAGGUGGGCGACGUCGUGCCGCGACGCUGUGUACGUGCUCAAAGCGGCGCCUGCGCCGGACGCGAAUCCCGCGCUGGUGCUCGGCUCGUACAGCGGCGACCUCGAGGUGUGGCGUGCCGUCGCAGAGAGUGGCGCGUUUUCGUGGCGCUGCGACGUCGCGGUGCAGAACGCGCAUGGCGCCUCGAUUACGGCGCUCGGCGUGGUGCGCGAUGCGAUGUCGGUCGCGCGCAGUGCGUCCGUCUUUGCGACAGGAAGCACCGACAACACCCUCAAGGUCUGGGAACUGACGCGUGGCGACACGCUGCAGGCCGACGUCGUGCAGGAGAUUUCGCUGGGGGGGCGCUACGCGUUGGACAUUGCCCUGGCCCACCUCCCGAACGGCAACGAGCCACUGACGACGCUCAUGGCCGUCGCACUCACCGACAAGAAAGUGCACCUAUACGUGCGCGAGGCCGGCGGCGAGUUUACGCUGCGCCUCCAGCUCGAAGGGCACGAAGACUGGGUACGUGCGCUGGACUUUUGCGUUGCGCCGAGCGUGCGCGGCGGCGCGUACGACGUGCACCUCGCGUCUGCGGCGCAGGACAACAACGUACGCGUGUGGCGCAUCCAGGCCGAGUCAGUGGCCGGCGUCGAGCGGGCGCCGGCGGACGCCUUUGAGCGCAUGGCCGCCGAGCUGUUGCCCGACGACGACCAGGGCAUCAAUACCAAGAAAAAUUGGCUGUCAUUUGCGCAUGCGUCGCAGCGGUGGGCCGUGUCGCUGGACGCUAUGCUAGUCGGCCACGAUGCAUGGGUCACCGGCGUCCGCUGGUUCCCCUCGCUGAGCGCGGAUGCGCAGCGUGCGGUGCUGCUCUCGAGCUCGGUGGACAAUAGCAUGAUUCUCUGGUCGCCCCAGGAGCCGGGCGCGACCGAGUGGCCGCUUCUUUCCGACGAGGCGGCGUCGCAUGCGCUCUGGCUGCCGGUGCACCGCCUCGGCGACGUCGGCAGUCUCAGCGGCGGCUUCCUCGGCGCGACAUGGCAGCCGACGACGAGCCGGCCGUCGGUACUCACGUACGACCGUCAAGGCGCGGCGCACCUGUGGGCGCUCGCUGACGGACAGCAGCGUUUCCUGCCGGGCGCCACGCUGUCGGGCCACGCCGGCCCGGCGCGCGGCCUCGCAUGGGAGCCGUACGGCGACUACUUCCUCUCGACAGGCGCGGACCGCACCACACGCUUGCACGGCACCUACUGCCCUCCGGGCGGAGACGAGGACGCGGUUGCCGAGCGCUCGUGGCACGAGAUGGCGCGACCGCAGACGCACGGCUACGACCUCGUCCAGGUCGCGUGGCUCGACCGCGUGUCGUUUGUGAGCGCGGCGGAUGAAAAGGUGCUGCGCGUGUUUGGCGCCUCGCGGGGAUUUGUCGAAAAUGCGCUCAGCUUGCGCAUGGUGCAGACGCACGCACGAGAGACGUACGUCCUCGCGCUCGACAUUGCAGAUGCGCGGCAGUGGCGGGAUACCGCGCCGCUCGACGUGCCGCUCGACGCGGCGAUGGCCGAGCGGCCUGCCGCACUCGCCGUGCUCGUGUUUAGCGAUCUGCUGCGUGGCACCGAGCUCGGCGGCACGCCGCUGUGCGCGCUCCAGGACCUCGAGCACUUUCUGCAGCAGGUGUACACCAAGGCAUGGGGCAUCGCCGUGCGCCAGAACCGCCUCUUGGCCGACAUUACCGUGUACCUCGUGCCGGGUGCGUCGGCUUCCCAUGAAGGGCAGCAGGGGGCCAAGCGCUGGGCGGCGGCGUACGGCCAGCAGGUCGACGGCCUCUUUGCGGUCGAUGGUGCCUAUGCAGUGGACCGCCGUGUGCUUUCUGCCAUUGCGCCGCUCGAGCCGCGCUCCAUCGCGUGUGGGCCCCAAGGCGAGGCACACGAAGCGGCGUCGUCGGCUUUCCCCCGCGCGCCGGUCGUCGCGCUGGGCGGCACGUUUGACCACCUGCACAUUGGCCACAAGCUCCUGCUGAGCAUUGCAGCGCUCUGCACGACGCAGCGCCUGAUUAUCGGUGUGACGAGCACCGAGCUGCUGACCAAGAAGAAGCACCGUGCGCACGUCGAGCCGAUCGCGCCGCGUCUCGAGGCGGUGCGCCGCUUUGUGCGUGCGUUCCGCACGGCGCUCGGCGAGAUUACGCUCGACGUCGUGCCGAUCAGCGACGUGUGUGGCCCGGCCGGCACAGACGCCGAGCUUGGCCUGCUGGUCGUGACCGAAGAGACGGCCAAGGGCGCGGAUAUCAUUGCCGAGAAGCGGAAAGAGAACGGCGUGCCUGCGACGGACGUGCACAUCGCGUCGCUUGUUGACGCUGCCGACGGCUCCGACAAGGUCGGCAGCACGGCGAUUCGUGGCUGGCUCGAGGAGCAAGGCAUUGCACCGGGCGAUGAGUUUGUGCUCGACGUCGACCUCGCGCGUGCCAAGCAGCAAGGGCCGACGGCGGCCGGCGUCCCCCCGCUGGGCCUGUCGAACCGCGCCGUGGCCCAAGAGGCGGCCGAUGCGCCGCCGGACUAUGCCCCGUUCACCGCCCCGCCGAACCCCGAGCAGCUGCAGACGCAGACGCUCUGGCCCGAGCUCGAGAAGCUGUACGGCCACGGCUACGAGCUGCUGAGCGUCGCUGCCGACGUCGCGACGCGCCUCAUUGCGAGCACUUGCAAGGCGACGUCGCCGGCCCAUGCGGUUGUGCGCCUGUUUGACGGCGCGCAGCGCUACAAGCCCCUGCCGGAUGUGCUCGAGGGCCACGCGCUGUCGGUGACGCGCGUACGUUUUUCGCCCGACGGCCAGUUCCUCCUGACCGCCUCGCGCGACCGGUCGUGGUGGCUCUUUCGGCGCGACGGGCCGGCGUUUGUGCCGUUUGCCGGCGAACGCGCGCAUGCCCGUAUCGUAUGGGACUGUGCGUGGAGCCCGGAUGAAGCGCUCUUUGCGACCGCGUCGCGCGACAAGACGGUCAAGGUAUGGCGCCUGCUGCCCGGCGACGCUCCCUACGCGCUCCUCGCCACGCUCAAGCUCGACGAGGCGGCCGUCGCGGUCGCCGUCGGCCCCGACGCGAAGCUUGCCGUCGGCCUCGAGAGCGGUGCCGUGCUGCUCUAUGUCGCCGACGCGGCGCGCACCGCGUGGUCGCUGCACACGGCGCUGUCCCACCACCACACCGGAUCCGUGCACGAUCUCGCGUUCCGGCCGCGUGGCGCGUGGACGGAUGCCUACAACGACGUGCCCUACAGUCUGCUAUCGGCCGGAGACGACGGGUGUGUCCGCCUGAUCGACUGGCGCCCUAGCGGCCAUACCUAG